AACAGAAGUGAACAGAUCCAAAAAACCAGCAUUCCUCCGAUGGGAGGCCAUCCGCGAAGGUCCGGAUGUCCGGAUUCGAUUGAUUCAUUCUCAUCUACCGUACUACUAGUAGUACCGUAUCUCUCAUGCUCUCUAGCUAGCCCUCAACACACAAUUUCCACAACAACACAACGCAAACCACCAUGACAGGAGUCGCCACGAUAAACAAAGUACAUGUAGAAGCUCCCCUCCCAGCACUACCGCUGCUUCGUUCUGUGAGCCUACCCAGCGGCCACCAAAUAAAGCAAGUUGAUCGGAGGCGGGCUACCUCCAAUGAACCUGUCCUCUUGUUAGAAGCUCUCAAGGCGAAUAACAACACAUCGGACAAUCAUAGUAGUCAAUUCAAGAUCGAAGAAGAGUACCUCCAGGGCUUUUUGCAGUGGGCCAGUCGACAAUCCGUCCGUCAACUCCCUUGUGUUUCGCCAGACCUACCAUUAAUGCCCACCCGAAUCACUCUCAGGGGUGUUCCUCUCACAGAAAUUACCCGAUGCAUCGCGGACUGUCUCCAACGCCUACAAGAACAGGGCGUUUUCUUCUCACAUCAAGCUCAUCCUAACGCCGGACGCGUUGAUAUCUGUUGCAUGACCUGCAAGCUCAAGUUUGUCAUUCAACUAUGGCAAACCGUAGACCAAGGAAUUGUCGUAGAACUACAGAGACGGCGUGGAUGCUCCGUCUUUAUGCAUCACUUGCGUCGCCCACUCUUUGCUGGAUUGAAGGCAUUGAAACGGACAACUGAACAUCGGCACCAUGAAUCUAUGGAGUUGCAAUCUACCGUUGAAACCACAGAAACUGCCAAAGCGGGACCUUUCCGAAGACUUUCACUCUUGUUUCCUCCUCCACUGCGCUCCAGCUUCCAAUAAACUAGCAACUAGCAAAGCAAGUAAAGGUUUAUCUGGAUUCCCUGUAACACUAUAGUUUGACAUCCGUAGUUACAGACG